UUCGUUGUUUUUUUCGUGGUUUUUCGCGCGCCACGGCCGAAAAAGCCGAGGCGUCGUGAAUUUCGCUAGUUUCUGACUCCGAACGUGUCCUCUGAAUACGCAAACAACGUUUAUAAUAACUACUGUAAAUAGAGAGUGUAUAUAGUGUGAUAGGUGAGUGAUAUAGGUGUGUGGGAUUUUAGUUGGCAAUGAGUUCAAGCAACAAAUCGGUGUCCUCCGGUGGGAAAGGCACCAACAAAAACAAAUCUUCACAACAGCAUGGGAAAUCGGAUCAUCAUCAAACUAAAUCAUCAGAUUCAAUGAAACAUGAAAAAGCACAGCCAAACACUGUGCAGACAUGGCAUGCACAAAUCAUUGACACUAGAAUGGGUAGUGGCGAAGAUCCCAAUCUGAAGGAAUGUAUAAAGCAGGUCAUGGACAUGACCAGACGCUCGGAAGAUGAGGUUGUCAUGGCUUUGCAUGAUAGUGAUGGAGAUUUAGAUCGUGCUGUUAAUGAUCUUUUGGAAGGAGUGAAAACAGAAUGGGAAGUGAAAAAGAAAAAGCUUCGUCAACCCGGUGGUUCUAAGCAAAAUAUGGACGUUUCCGGUGGUCAGGACGAAGGUGGUGAUUGGGAUGAAAGACGUAAUCAGCGAGGGGGUGGACCUCCCCGUAUGCGAGGUCGUGCUAAUCAUGACAAUCGUGGAUGGCGCGGCAGAGAAAAUAAAGAGAACGAAAGAAACAUGGAGGAUGGUGUUCGUGAUGGCAGCUAUAGUGGUAACAGAAGAGGAAGAGGUGGUCCAGGAAGACCCGGUCGAGGAGGAAGAGGAGGAGGAAGAGGACUUGGUCCAAGAACAUUUGCCAGUCGUAAUGACCCAUCUUCAACUUCGUCGCCUCACAAUUUUAAUCGAUCGAUUGAUACAUGGACAGGUAAUGAUGAACAACAACAGGCUGUUCAGGAACCAAAGAUGGAUGCAUGGAAUAAUUUGGAUUCUACAGAAGACUGGGACAAUGAAGAAUACACAGGUUCGCUGGCAGACACGAAAGUCUUUACACCAAGUACAUCUGUAGUGGAACCUACACCCUCUAUAGAAGAACCAAAAUCUCAAGAUCUUCCAUCGGUGCAGACUAAUCAGAACGUAAAUUUGGCAUUAAUACAACAAGAAGAACUACCUAAAUUAUCGGAAAUACCACAGAUACAACAGCAGUCUUUGAUUCAACAGUCUCAACAGCAACAACCUGUACUGAAUUUACCGACGAUGCAGCUUUCGCAGCAACCAAAUGCUAUGACUGGCGGAGUAUUAACAGCAGCACAGACUCAGUAUUUAACUCAACUUACUCAACAAACAAGUGAAAACUUAAAAGCGGCUGGACAAACAGCAUUCUCGUCAUCGAUAUCUAAUCAGCCUCAAAGACAGACGAAACAACGUCCACGAGUGCCACCACCAUCAAAGAUCCCAUCCAGUGCUGUAGAAAUGCCCGGCGAUGCCGUGAAUAGUGGUAUCGGUUUUCUGGACGUACAAUUCGGCGCCUUAGAAUUCGGUAGCGAUUCAGGUUCUCUUGAUGGCGCUGCAAAUGAAAAAUUAAAUUCAGCAAGUAAUGCAAUUACAAAUGUGGAUGUGACUUCUACUACCAAUACUGUAAACACUGCCAAUACAAAUAAUUCUUUGGACAUCGAAACAACCCAAACUUCAACAACACCUUUCAACACUACUUCUCAAAUGUUAUCGAAUAGUGACAAUUUACCAGUGUCGAGUGAACAUUCAAUAAAUGCUCAAAGCUUUACUACUCGCGGUAGCAGUACUGGACAAACAUUAGAUAUAACUAAACAAGAUUAUACAUCGCAAGUCUCACCUGGAAAUGCCCCAUCAUAUGGUACGACGACAGCUUACCAAUCUCAAAAGUCAACGUUUCAAACACCUAAUGCAACGCCAAGCACCUACAAUGCAUACUCCACGAAUGCUCAGUCUGCUCAGUCGUCUUUCCAAACUGCGUCAGGCACUAGUGCUAACAGUUACUCGACGACGGCGACUGUUUCACAAGCAAGUUACAAUUCUUCAUCAUCGUUCCCUCAAUCCAAUACAUCAACUUUCAGUCAAGCUUCGCCUUCCACACCAGCAUCUGCAACAUCUGGUUAUAACCAACCAACAACUACCAACCAGGUGUAUCAAUCCGCAACAGGAUAUGUACCUACUACGACGUCACAAUACCAAGCACAGUCUGUAGCGACAAAUACUCUGUCAAACAGUAGUACAGGGUAUCAAACAAGUGGGUAUCAAGGAUCGUCUUCGUUUCAGUCGACGCCACAAGCAUACCAACCAUCUGCUACAACGUUUACAUCACCUAUUACACAAACUUCUGGAACUUACCAAAGUGCAGCACAAUCUGUGUACGCAAGUGCGUAUGGCACAUACGCUAGCCAACCACAAACGGCGUCUCACAAUCAUAAAUUGAACAGUAAUACGACAAAAGAUUCUCAGUAUGAUAGUAACACGACGACAUCCAACAGUUCUCUUGCGACUACAACGGCACCUACGUUGGGUCUGAGCUCCGCCUCCGUAAAUAGUUCACAAACUAAAGUAACUAAUUCAAACGCGGUACCGAAAAGUACAUCGAGUGGUGUAGUAACGGGUAGUAGUGGAAGUGGAAAUAUGACAGGUGGUGGUGCAGCUGGCAGCAUGACACCAAUGCUAGGUCAUCAAUAUAUUAUGGGCCAAGGUGUACCUUACGCGUUCCAGCAACCAAUGUACAGUUACGAGGAAUUGCAGCUUAUGCAACAAAGAAUACCACACAUGCCAACUACUGGUUACUAUGACGCGGCUUUGGGCUAUCAGACAACCGGCCCAGCUACCAGUCUCGGUGGAGGACGAGGAGAUGCACUUUCCGGUGUACAAGGUGUCCAAGGAGUACAGAGUGUACAAGGACCCUAUACCAGUAUUAAUGACGCCAGGUUCGCCAGAAACGACAGCAAUGCGUCUCCAGUUCCGUCUACUAUGUCGCAACAGACCGCUACACAGCAUCAGCAACCGAUGAUGAAUCCUACUCUACCUCCAACAUAUGCAUAUUUUGCAUAUGGCAGUGGAAUAAUGCCAGGUGCUUUUCCAUACGGAACUCCUGCCGCCAUUUAUCCUCAGAUAGCUGCUGCUGGUAAUGCGGGUACAAAUAGUGGUGCAUACAGCACUAAACCAGGAAGUUACGGGUCUGGAUACGGAGCUGGUGCAAGUUACGAUGCACUAGCAUCUGCAGGUCCUUCUGCGGAAUAUAAAGGUGCAGGGAGCAGUUAUACCAGUACACAAACUGGUAAAACCGGAACAUCUACCGGAAAUACUAAUACUGGUGGAUCCUCUGCAACCGACAUAAGUGCAACUAUGUACCCAAAGAGUCACGUGGCGCUUAGUAAAGUAAAUUCCUACGACAAACAAACUUUUCAUUCGGCAACUCCUCCGCCAUUUAGCCUUACUGGAAAUCAAAACGCAGGUUUGCCUGGAGCGUACGGAACACCGCAUUUGUUUAUCCCAACUAUGCCUCAUCAAUUGCACCAACCACUUCAUCAAGAUGGUGGUAGCAGCACAGGCCAAAGGUCCAAUACAAGUUCCCAAAAUAAAGCCCAGGCAAAGCCUGGAUAUAGUCCUAGUUAUUGGACUGGAAGCAAUUAAAGAAUUUUGAAUUGCGCAAACGAAAAGAGAGGAAGGAACACCAUUUUAGACAAGAUACAACUUCGCCAUUGUGAUACACGGUGGUGUGAAAUAUGGACAUUAACAGAAAUGACAUAAAGGGACAUAAGACAAGACUUUUUUUUUUGGUGAAACUAAUGAUCCUGGUACGACACGAGUUACUAUAAAAUGUAUGAUGAACCUUAAAAAUGUGGAAGGAUUAAGCAAUUUUUUUAUCAAUUAUGUUUACCAGGGUGGAAUAUUUCUUUUUGCAUAAAUCUCGUACAGCGAUUAGUUAAAGAGAAACAGAGUUACACCCCUUUUUUAAAUUAGUCUU